CCUCGACAAUUCUCAGUACGGGCAUACAUCAUCCUCUGGGAGCAUCUCUCCGGAACACUGUAACUCGGUAAAGAAGGAUUGUGAAAUGAAUACGGACCAGAUUCCUAUAGUCAACGACUACACUCCACAACAGUCACAAUCACAUACUAUUCCAACCAACGAUGAUGACGUGCGACGGGCGCUCAGACAGAUGGGAGAGCCAAUAACAUAUUUUGGAGAAGACAGGGCUGAUAGAAGACAGCGUUUAAUCAAAUUAGUCCAGGAAGCUCCAAAAGAAAUAACCUACUUUGGCCAAGAGGACGAGGAAAUGGCUAAAGAUGAUGUAUCUGAUGAUCAGGACGACGACGAGGACUUCUAUACUCCGGGAACCCAGCAACUUUACGAUUCUAGAUUGGAUAUUCUCAAGUACUCUUUGAUGAGGGCUUCAAGAAGAGUCGAUCGUUUACGAGGAGAGGCAAAUAAGAACCAGGACAUGGUCUCCAUACUCAAUCAUCGUCGAGAGAUCAACAAUUCUCUAGCCAAAUGCGAGUUGUAUGGCACCCAAUUGAUUCCUGGAAACACAAGAGCUAUUUCCAGGGUUAGAUUCUGCAAGCCGAUGGCUAACGGGACCACGUAUAUUGCGGCUGGCUCGUGGAAUGGCUCCGUCUACAUUCUCAACCUGAAAGAUUUGACUACGGUCAAAUCAUUGGUGGGACACCACACAGAAAAAGUCACCUUGGAGUGGUUGGAAAACAGCUUGGUUAGUGGGGGUAACGAGGGAACAUUGAAUGUUUGGAACCUUGAAAAUACUAAACCGAUCCAUUCAAUCAAGAACGCGCAUGAUCAAAGAAUCUCGGGGGUCCUGGUCCACCCCAGUGCAAAGUACGUGGCAACCACUUCAUUUGAUCAGAUUUGGAAACUCUGGGAUAUUCAAACGCAUACGGAACUAGUGCAACAAGAGGGGCACUCCAAAGAGGUAUUCGCGGGAGCCUUCCAUCCCGAUGGAAGUCUAUUCACAUCGGGAGGACUCGACGGAAUCAUAAAAGUGUGGGAUCUCCGUAGUGGAAGAGCAAUUGCAACAUUUGACAAGCAUAUCUCAGGUAUUUAUGCACUUGAUUGGUCGCCAAAUGGGCACCAUUUGGCCAGUGCCAGUGGAGACAGUGCCGUGAAGAUCUGGGAUUUUCGCCGCAACAACGAGCUUUUCUCGAUUCCUGCCCAUACCAAGCUUGUGAGUGACGUGAAAUUUUCUGGGGACGGCACCUCGCUUGUGACGUCGUCGUACGAUGGACUGGUGAAUAUCUGGUCUGCAGAUAACUGGGUGAGGGUGAAGAGUUUGAAGGGGCACAACGAUAAAGUCAUGAGCUGUGAUGUGACGCAGGGAGCGGCUGGAUUAGAGGUUGUAAGUAGUGGAUGGGAUCGUUCCGUCAAGCUCUGGAAAGUUUAGGGGUUUGUUGGCUUGACAGAGCCCAAUUCCUAGCUGGCGAAUGAAUUUUCAUAAGGAUCAGCCAAGUGACUACUGGGCCCAAGAAUCACUUGUACGAACUGGGCUAUUUCAAACGAGGCUCACUGAAAAAUUCCUCCCACCUAAGUAGUUAGACCCUAGUUAGUAGAAGAAUCUUGACUGACUAACGUAGCCACACGUCUAACAUUUACGACAAUAC